GUGGCCCUCGGUCAGAAAUGCCCCCUUCCCUCCGUCUACUCUCCCACAGGGAUUUAGACAGGACAGGGAAAUCGGAUGAAAAAAAGGGUUGAAAAAGUUUGAUUAAAAUCAUCAAAUAGUAUACCAUGCAAUAAAGCACGUAGAAAUGGAAUUUUGAAACCUACUAUACACCCUGUUGCAUACAUCUUGCAUCAAUGGUAUACAACAUAUAUGGGGGGAUUACGUAUGUAUUAUAAUUGCUUCCCUUUCGCAACACCAAAAGGCUAGAUUUUGAUAUGCAUUUAACAGCAUUACGGCUAAUCAAACUCCCCCGUGUAUUCAAACAAGGCUAUUUGAUGUAUUUAACCGAUAGCUUGGAGGCUAAAUCAUUUUGUGUACAUUUUGUUACAUGGCUACGUUGUGUCUGUCAGGAGCGAAGGCACUGUCACUGACACUUAAUCCGAUUACGCGCUCUGACACUUUCGAGACAAAAGCUUUGAUUUCUCGCAGCCAUCAACGAAUUAAGCGCACAGGAAAUUGUCCAGAAUUUCUCAUUAUGAUCAAAGACGCCUGAUCUGUGUAUUUACCGUGACGCUACGCGGGGAUAUCUAAUCAAAGCUACACUCGAUCGCGUUCCCGAAAGGCCUGCCUCGUCGCUUUCGUGCGAAGAAUCGGAUUUAUUUCGAGAGAAAUUCGCUAUAUAUAGUUCGAUCUUCGAGUUGGUGCAAAUAUUUCACAGUCAUGAAGCCUUGAGAAUCAACGGUUUCCCAGCUUUUUAUGGCCGACUAAAGGUUACACUUAUUGUUGUGUGUGCUGUGGUUACAAAAGGGAUUAAUGUCCUUCUAACUGUGGCAAAUAUUCCGACCUUUGUUAUCGCGAAACCAUCUCGCAAUAUACUCGUUUUAUAUAUGCGGGGGAAGCGUCUAUAAUAAACAAGCGCUUUUUUAUGUCAAGUGGCUUUGAGUGUUCUUAACGUUGAUUGCAAUUUGAGAAUAAAACAACGUUGCAAGUGGGCUAUUUAGUACUUUCGGCUUCGGAAGCUGUGGUGACAGAGCUGCUUAGGGAAGCUGACCAGACACACACACCGGUCCGUUACGAGCAAAUCUUCUCGAGCGACUCUCGGAUAUCAUUAACUGCUUCAAAUAAGCUCGCAAGGACAGCAUGAAUAUGCACGGAUUUGUCCUCAAAGAUUUGUUCCUCGUGAUAUUUCUGCUACACGAAGUAUCAACGAAAACAGUGACGAUAUUCUACGACCAGGAAAUUACCUCAGAUUCGUGCUACAAUCGUUACGGCCGUCCGCAUCGCUGCCUCCCGGAAUUCAAAAACAUCGCAUACCGGAGCAAGAUCAAGGUCACUCACACAUGCGGGGAAAAGGGACCCCGGCAAUUUUGCAAGACCGGUCACGAAGGCUGCGGAAUCUGCGACGCAAGUGAGCCGGAUCUAGCGCACCCCCCUGCUUACCUCACUGAUCUCAAUAAUCCAUCAGAUCUAACUUGCUGGCAGACCGAUCCACUGGAUGGCUCUCGUGAAAAUGUCACUCUGAUCCUUAGCCUGGAAAAACAGUUCGAUGUAACUUAUAUUAAUCUGGAAUUUUGCUCCUAUCGUCCUGAAGCAAUGGCUAUUUAUAAAUCGAACGAUUUCGGCCGCACGUGGACUCCGUACCAGUACUACGCGGAUCGCUGCAUGCACAUGUUCCACAAGAGCACUCGGGGAAUUGUCAGCCAUAGAAAUGAGGUGGAAGCACUUUGUACGGAUUCACAUCUGUUGCGACCUCUUCGGGGAGGAAGGAUUGCGUUCAGUACUUUGGAAGGGCGACCCUCUGCCCCGAAUAUCGACACAAACGAGUUACUGCAGGAGUGGGUGACUGCUACUGAUAUUAAGGUGGUAUUCAUGAAAAUCAGUGGUAAUCGUAGAUACUUGGGUGCGAAUAAGGACAUGUUGUAUUACGGCGUGUCCGACUUUUCGGUCGGAGGCCGAUGUCGUUGCAACGGGCAUGCUUCGAGAUGUGUCAAGAACGCACAGGGAAAGUUGGUGUGCGACUGUAUGCACAACACAGACGGGGUGAACUGCGAAAAAUGCGCACCAUUUUAUCAAGAUCGGCCCUGGAUGAGAGCUACGGCUGAGAGCGCUAACGAAUGCAUAGCUUGUAACUGCAGUAACCACGCGAAACACUGUCGUUUUAAUGCUGAACUUUAUCGGCUGGAAGGCCAUGGCGGUGAAUGUCUCAACUGCCGGCACAAUACGGCAGGAAGGUUCUGCCAUUAUUGUAAACAAGGUUAUUACCGGGAUAAAGGAAAGGAUAUCACUCAUAGGAAAGCUUGUAUAAAAUGUAAGUGUCAUCCAGUGGGAUCGAGGGGAGAGAUCUGUGACCAAGCCACGGGACAGUGUCCCUGCAAGGAAGGAGUGACUGGACGAACAUGCAAUGAAUGCAAACCAAAAUACAGAAAAACAAAGACCAAAGCUGCGCCUUGCGUAGACGUGAAACGUGGCGAACCUCGAAAAAAGACAAGACACACAAAUUGCAAACAAUGCCGGCCUAUGCUGCUGUCGGUCACGAAAUACUGCAAAAGAGAUUUCGGCAUCAAAGUACAAAUCCUUGCUAGAGAAAAUGUCAAAGGUUGGAUGAAAUUCACGGUCGAAAUAGAACAGGUCUUCAAAUGGACAGGCGAGACACGACUGCGUCCGGGCAAGAAAGCGGUCUGGGUACGAACACGUGACUUCAAGUGCAGCUGCCCCAAACUCAGGCACAAGCGACGCUACCUGAUUGUAGGUUUCAACGACAUCCACGAAAUUCAAAAAGGGAUCGUUAUCAGUCAGCGGACCGUCGUCACGCAAUGGUCCGAGAACGUUUCAAAGAGAAUCGCGAAAUUUCAAAAACGACAGAGAAAAAGAGCGUGUACAGAGAGCACGAAGGUGGAGGAACAGGUCUGAGGGGUUCACUGAGAUAGGCUAGCCCUUGGGUGCAGGCGAUAGGUGGACUUGGAAGGAAGGGGGGGGGGGUAGGGGGUGAACAUAUUGAAUGCAUGCACAUGUUAUUAAUAUACAGUUUCGGUGCACGAUUUGCCACUGAGCUUGGGGUAUAAAUAUAUUUGCGAAGCAUAGAUACUUCGUGUAAUGGCAGUAUAUAAUGCCCGGUGACGCCGCACUAGAUAUAUAUCUGGAGCGGGAGAUCGCACAGUCGCUCCAGGUAUAUAUACGAAGCUCAAGGGUUUAGCUGCUAGUUACCAGUCUGAUAGAACUAAACCGUGCCCCGAAUGCAGAAAGCGACGUUGUUAUUUAAAUUAAAAAGGAUAUUUAUGUAACAUAGAGUAUUUGAAGUAGAAAUCGUUUAGAUUUUUCUAGACUCGGGUGAAACAUAGUAAAUAUACUACAAAUACUGUUGGGAAAAAGUUUAUACCACUGGAUGGCACAUCAAAACUGGAUGGCGCAGUCUUUAUUCACGCCAUCCAGUUCAUAUCCAGAUCAGCGAUACGCUGCAUUUAGUAUCUAGUCGAAUUUGAAUCUAUUGUUGCUAAUUUUUUUUUGUAUCAAAAAUAUUGAGUGUAAAUAUAACGUUUGAUAUUCAUGAGUUUGAA